GUUUCAAUGACACCUACACUUAAAAUACGGUGAUAAAUUGAAAAACUGUAACAAUUAGGAAAAAUACAAUAAUAGAAAGGCAUAAAAAAUGUUACAAAGCAGGCCUGAAACACUAAGCCCGACCCUUAACAUCUGCUUAAAGUUGAUCUUGUCCAACAACAUUUGAUGUGGGCACUGGUAACUAUGGGAACUGGCAAUGCCCUGAGGAUAAGUACAAUGUAACUAUCUUACCAGCAACAAAGGCUGAGUUUCUACAGUUUGCCUGGAACUCAAUAGUAAGCAUGAUGUUUGGACGUCCGUUUCAAGGUUGUGAACAGCGUCUAGUAGUCGACCACACGGUGUACUGUUCAUACUGUCAUAGCUGAGCAGUUUACAACAGUACAUGUACAUGGGAAGAUCAACUCGUCUGUACAAGCCAGACAACAGGAGACUAUACGUACUCCCUUCACUGGUGACGAAACAACAUGACCAGACGACGUCGAGAUUGCGCCCUGCUGUUAUUCUCACUAGCAGGUCUUUUCCUGCUGUAUUACACAUCGGAACAUGUGAUUCCUGGCUACAAAACACUGGAAAACCGAGUUUAUCUGAGUACACCGAGAUCUGAAGCAUUGACAGCCUCAUCAGUGGAAGAACCGAUAACUGAGGAUCGGGAAACAAGCUCUCCUAUCGAGCUUGAUGAAGCAGAGCAUGCAUAUGACCACAAUGAAGGGCUCGGCAGCGUUAUUGGUCCUUCGGGAGGACUGACAAAUUCACCAGGAAAGGCGAAAGCUACAGAAACAAGUCGAUUCCAGAAGUUCAUGGCUCAGUACAUACCGGAGGAAUCAGUUGCUAAGGAGAAGUUCCUUGCCGACCAGGCAGCUGUGCAGUCUGUACCGACGGAAGCACCUGGAUGGGUCUAUAACAAAACAGCUGCGGACAUGUUUCGAAAAAGAGUGGUAGGGGACAGUCGCUUUGCGAACGGGGAUUUUCUCGUCACACAAGAGAUGGUUGAGAAGUACGGCUUAACGACGGAUGGUGCAAAACCAGUGAAAAUCGACGUGCCAACCGAAGUCUUGAAGGGAUUUCCUACAGAAAGCCCGUUUAAGAACAAACACUUCAGUACGUGCAGUGUGGUGGGAAACGGUGGAAUACUGAAGGGAAGCGGCUGUGGAAAAAAGAUAGACGCCUCUGAGUUUGUGUUCAGGUUCAACAUGGCUCCAAUGGGCGAUACAUAUAUGGAAGACAUUGGAAACAAAACCAAUCUGAUCACCAUGAACCCCUCCAUGAUCAAAUACAGAUACGAGACAGACACAAGAAGAGAAAUAGACGUUAAAGCCUUACUGCAUGACCUAUCAGCGUACGGAGACAGCUAUCUGUGGAUCUGGGCCUUUCUCUCCCAACGUCACGCCAGAAGCGCCGUCAACGUACAGCGAGCUCUGCUCGGAACCGGCGUCCCUAACCAGGUUAUCUUCCCAUAUCCACUCGUGACAGGGUCCAUUACAACAUUCUGGACAAAGAAUGGCGUAGAGGCUCGGAGGUCGUCCACAGGACUGCUGCUUGUGAGUUUGGCCACACAGAUGUGUGAGGAGGUGCGCUUGUACGGCUUCUGGCCCUUCCACGCGGACAGAAACAACAGACGCCUGACUGAGCACUACUAUGACAAUGCCCUCCCUAAAGAAGCUCACAGCAUACCGGAUGAGUUCAGACAACUACAGUUACUACACAACACUGGAGUUGUCCGUCUGACAACCCACCCAUGUCAAUAAGUGGACAUUGUCAAUGAUUUAAUACAUACUAGUACUAGCAGUAGACAGUUGAACUUUGUUCUAAAUUAUCUAUGGCAUUUUGGCCAUCUAGUCUCUAAUGUUAUCUAAACGUUGCCUAUCUGCUGAUUUAUCUACGUUUUAAAACUUAUCU